CGAAGCAGAAUCAGAAUCUGUUGUAUAUCCAGGAGCCGCGUGUGUGUACAGAGACAGCGUUGUGUUGUGAUGAUGAGUGUGAUGAUGAUGAUGAGGGUGUGUGCGGUGCUGCAGGACUGCGCUGAUCAGCUCACCGUGUUGGGAAACAUCAUAUCCGGGACUCACAGGGACACAAGAGCCGCCACUACAGUCAUCUCAGAGCACAUCAGCAUGGUCCUGCAGCACAACAGAGCUGCUGAGCUUCACCUGAAGGAGGCUCGUGAAGGUCAGGUUGAGGGCAGCGGUGAGUCUCAGGCUGUACAUGAGGCUGUACACGAGCUCCACAGGACACAGAGGGAACUGGAGCACAUGCUGAUGGACAGUCCGAUCUCAUCUGAUUACAUCACCAAGGUGCAGAGUGACCGGAGGUUUGUGGCUCGGCUGAUCUGCGAACUGCUGACAGAACUGAAGGAAGAAGGAACCUUCUCCAGCCUGAUCCACACCGUGGACGAACAGAAGAGGACCAAAGCUCAGCUGCAGGAUAUAAUCCAAAGUGAAGCAGAGGAUCGUCUCAGGAUCAAAACCCUGCAGAAACAGCUACUGGACAUCAACAAAGAAACAAAGCUCCAGAUUCAGGAGAGCGACAAAAUGGUGGCUCACCUUGAAGAUCUGCUGCAGGAGCAGAAAGUGAAGAAAAACCUGCGGGAGAAGUACAGGAGCAACAGCACGCAGCUACUCGUCUAUCAGGGAGAGAAACUGAACAGCCACAUCGAGGGGCAGCUCACAGCUCAGAUAGAGAUGCUGAAGACGAAGAUAACAGACGAGGAAAAGGCCAACAAAGAGCUGGAGGUUUUCCUUAAAAACACUCAGGCGAGUCUAGAGAAACAGCUGGAUUACUGGAUGGAGCGCUACGAUAAAGACACGGAGGACAAACAGCGAGAGCUGAACGCCGUAAAGUCCAACAAGUCAAGCAACCUGGCACAGUUACAGGACCUGGCCAAGAAGUACCGAGACUGCGAGCAGGUGAUUAUCGAGGACAGACAGGAGAAGGAGGAGCUGCGCAAACAGCUGGAGACAGAACAGCUGCAGAAGAAAGCGGCUAUAAAGAUCCAGUCGUGGUGGAGAGGAAUGUUGGUCAGAAAAUGUCUCGGCCCCUUUAAAAAGCCCAAGAAACCCAAACAGAAAAAGGACAGCAAAAAAGGGAAGAAGAAGUGAAGCGAUAAAAGGGGAAAAUAAAUCAGACACGUAGCAGAAAUGGGAACUUUUAUUACUUCAUUUUAUAAUAAAUCCAAAUGUUCAGAAAAUACUUUUAAUAUUAACUAAUUUCAUGACAUUACAGUAAAUGAUUUAAUGGGACACACAAAAAAAAAAAAAAAAAAAAAAAAAAAAAAAAAAAAAAAAAAAAAAGAUAGAGACUGAGAAUGUCCAUGCUGUUAGAUCGAAGUAUGUAGUGCAUCCGUGUGUGUGUGUGUGUGUGUGUGUGUGGUCAGCGUACAUACUUGUAAACGUAUGGAAUGCAUUAAUUUACUGUACAGACACGCAGGUGAAAACCCUGCAGAAGGGACGACAUCAUUUCUGCUGGGGGGAAAAAAAACCCUGGGUCAAAAUAUAACAAAUAAAAAAAUUAUACAAAAAGCA